AUGUUCUUUUCCCUUACUUCAGUGCCAGGAUGGCUGAAUAUCAGUCCUGUUGUCCUUCUUCUCUUGGGAUAUAGUGCCUAUCUUGUCGCACUGGGUAUCUAUCGAGUCUAUUUCAGUCCUUUGGCAAAAUUCCCAGGUCCCAAGCUAGCUGGCCUAACGACUCUUUACCAGGCGUACUAUGAUAUUUAUCAUGGCGGAAAAUUUUUCAAGAAGCUAGAGCAGCUACAUGAAGUUUAUGGCCCAAUUGUUCGCGUCAACCCACACGAACUCCACAUCAUCGAUCCGGACUUUAUUGAGGUUCUUUUCACCGGAGCCACCAAAAAGCGUGAAAAGUACAAAUGGCUCGGACGAGCUCUCUUGGCACCAGAUUCUGUUGCUAGUACCACCGGCCAUGAUUGUCAUCGCAUGCGCCGGUCUGUGUUGAACCCCUUCUUUUCCAAAUUAAGCAUUCGUCGCCUCGAAAACCGCAUUCAAAAUACAGCGGAGAAGCUCAUGGAUCGCCUUUUGAAAGCGGGUAAAACUGGUGAAAUCUUGCCGAUAAAACUUCCUUUCAUGGCGGCAACCUGUGAUAUUAUCAGUGAGUAUUGUUUUGGUGUGUCUACAAACUAUGUGGAACAAGAUGAUUACAAUCGCGGGUGGUUCGAUGCCGCUGAUCUCAUGUUCAAUAUGGCAUGGCCGAUGACUUAUAUCUCCUGGCUGGGACCAUUGAUGGAGAGAGUUCCACAGUCUGUCUUGAGCAUAAUAAAUCCUGGUCUCAAGUCUUUUCAGGAUAUGCAUACUCGAUGGAUCGACCAAAUUGAAACAACUCGGAGGAGUGGAAAGCCUGACGAUGUAGAUGUUACCUUGUUUCACGAGGCACAAGUAAUGGUUCUAGGAGGACAGGAUACCACUUCAUACAUCCUCACGUGCACUAUUUUCCAGCUUCUAUCUCAUCCAGACAUGCUUAGACGGGUCAAGGCAGAGCUGGAAACUGUAUUGCCAGAUUCAAACAGCCCACCUUCACUGGUUAUUGUUGAGAAACUUCCUUACCUUUCCGCUGUCAUUGCGGAGAGCCUGCGUGUGUAUCCAGCAUCUCUGGUUCGGAUGACUCGUGUGGCCCCGGAGGAUACUAUGGUCUAUCAUGACAAGACUUCUGGCAAAUAUUGGGUCAUCGAACCUGGGACUCCUGUCACGAUGACUGCUCUGGACAACAAUAUGGAUCCUGGCAAGUUCCCAGAUCCAUAUAAAUUCGACCCCGAGCGAUUCAUUGAGAACCCGCGUCUGGAUAAAUACGUCUUGACAUUUUCCAGAGGAACAAGGAUUUGUCUUGGAUUGAAUCUUGCAUAUGCGGAGCUCUACAUCAUUUUGGCCAGAAUCUUCCGCAAGUUUGACCUUGACGACGGCACGAACACGCAAUGUGGCCCAACUAUGGCUUUAUAUGACACUAAUCGAGAGCGAGAUAUCGAUCCACAGAAAGAUCAGUUCCUACCUAUCCCCUCCAAGGGUAGCAAAGGUGUACGGGUGCAGAUUAAGGCGUAA